GAGAGAGAGAGAUAAAGACAAUCAUCUGGUAUGUAAUCUUUGAAGAGACAGACAAAACGAGAUAAGGCUUUAAAGCCUCUCACCACUUCCCUCGUUUCUCUUCUAAAGCUUAUCAGGGAAAGCAGCAGCGAUUUUAUCGCCUUCUGGGAGAGCAAGCAAGGCGAAGUAAAAGUUUUUUAGAUGGCUACGGUUACUCCUUCCUCUAUCAGCAAACCAUGGCUCGUUCCCGGAGCAGCUUUCACUGUAAAGAAGAAUGAUUGCUCCAUCAAAUGUUGCUUCUCGCGUAAAGCUGGCAAACAUAUACCACCAUCAACUCAAAGACUCGUCCUUCCUCUUUCCACUUCGCUUAAACUGUUUCCUACUCAUGGAAGACACUUUGUGCUGCAUCCUCAUCGUACUAGAGCCACCACAGAAACUGACCUCGUGGCGGCCGCUGUAGAGGGACAAGAUUCUCCUCCUGUUCCGGAAACCGACGCCAAUGACAAGUCAGAUGAUUCAGCUCCUCCUGCUGCUCCUACUUCAAGGGGAACAGCAAGACCUGGAAGGAAGAGCGAGAUGCCUGCGGUUAAGAACGAGGAGCUUGUUGCUGGUGCUACCUUCACCGGGAAAGUAAGAGCCAUCCAGCCCUUUGGUGCUUUCAUCGAUUUUGGUGCUUUCACUGAUGGGUUAGUCCACGUCUCUCAACUGAGUGACACCUUUGUUAAAGAUGUUGCGAGUGUUGUCUCUAUUGGGCAAGAGGUGAAAGUGAGGCUGGUGGAAGCUGACAUUGAGGCUAAACGUAUCUCUCUCACUAUGCGUUCCAAUGACGAUCCUCCUAAACGCCAGUCCGGUGGUGGUGAUAAUAAGCCGAGGCCAGGAGGGAAAAGAGGGGGACAGAAGAAGGAAGAUGGGUUCAGCUCAAAGUAUGUGAAAGGGCAGAUGCUGGAUGGAACGGUGAAGAACUUGACGAGGUCAGGAGCGUUUAUAACGAUUGGUGAAGGUGAAGAAGGGUUCUUGCCUACGAAUGAGGAAGCAGAUGAUGGGAUUGGGAGCAUGAUGAUGGGUGGAGGGUCUUCGUUGCAAGCUGGACAAGAGGUUAAGGUUCGUGUGUUGAGGAUAGCGAGGGGACGUGUUACUUUGACGAUGAAAGAGGAAGAUGAUGGUAAGUUUGAUGAAACGCUCAGUCAAGGAGUUGUGCAUACAGCCACGAAUCCGUUUGUGCUUGCUUUCCGUAAGAACGAGGAGAUUGCUGCGUUUCUUGAUAAGAGGGAGGAAGAAGCUGAGAAACCAGUGGAGCCUGUGAAGGAAUCAGAGGAAGCUAUCACCUCUGAGAAAGUUGAUGAAUCGUUAUCUUUAUCACCUGAAGAGGUUCUUUCAGAAACUCCAAAGGUAGAAGAAGAAGAAGAAGAAGAAGAAGAAGUGAUAGAGACCAAAGCUGAAGAGGAGACAGAAGAGCAAACGGAAACACUUGCUGCUGCAGCAGCUGAAGUUGAGGAGGUGGAAAAGGUUGAGGAAACGCCAGAUGUUCCUCCAGUUCCAGAAACCAAAAGUGAAGAGGAAGUUUCUGAGAACUCUAUUCCUCAAAGUUCAGCUACUGAUGAAGUUUCAUCUCCAGAGGCUGUGGUAAGCGAAGACGUUGAGAAGAAGCAGGAAGUGGUGGCUGAAGUACCUGUUACUGAAACUGUACCUGAUGAAGUUCCAUCUUCAGAAGCUGUAGCAACUGAAGACGUUGAGAAGAAGGAGGAGGUGGUAGCCGGAGUACCUGUUGCUGAAGCUAUACCUGAUGAAGUUUCAUCUCCAGAAGCUGUAGCAAGUGAAGACGUUGAGAAAGUGGCCGAAGUACCUGUUGCUGAAGCCGAGACUCCUGCAGCAGUAGUCACAGAAGCUUCUACUGAGGAAAGUGGCAUCAAAGCUGGCAUUUCACCGGCCUUAGUGAAGCAACUCAGAGAAGAAACAGGAGCCGGAAUGAUGGACUGCAAGAACGCUCUCUUGGAGAGCGAGGGAGAUAUGGUGAAAGCUCAAGAGUACCUCCGCAAGAAGGGACUAGCGAGCGCAGACAAGAAAGCCAGCAGAGCCACAGCCGAGGGGAGAAUCGGUUCCUAUAUCCACGACAGCAGAAUCGGUGUCCUCUUGGAAGUUAACUGCGAGACAGACUUUGUCUCACGCGGUGACAUCUUCAAGGAACUGGUUGAUGAUCUGGCUAUGCAGGUGGCUGCGUACCCUCAAGUAGAGUACCUUGUACCUGAAGAUGUUUCAGAAGAGAUUGUGAAGAAGGAAAAGGAGAUAGAGAUGCAAAAGGAAGAUCUUCUGUCGAAACCGGAGCAGAUAAGGGAGAAGAUAGUGGAAGGUCGGAUAAAGAAGAGGGUAGACGCACUUGCACUGCUCGAGCAACCAUACAUUAAAGACGAUAAGGUGAUAGUGAAGGAUCUCGUAAAGCAGAGGAUAGCAACCAUUGGAGAGAACAUCAAGGUGAAGAGAUUCAUUAGGUACACUCUCGGAGAAGGCCUCGAGAAGAAGAGUCAGGACUUUGCUGCUGAGGUUGCUGCUCAAACCGCAGCUAAACCGAAAGCCGAACCAGAGAAAGAACAGCCAAAGGCUGAAGAGUUGCCCAAGGAAGCUGUUCCAAGUCCACCAACUGCAGUGGUUUCAGCUGGUCUUGUGAAGCAGCUGCGUGAAGAAACAGGAGCAGGGAUGAUGGAUUGCAAGAAGGCGUUGGCGGAGACAGGAGGAGAUCUUGAGAAAGCGCAAGAGUAUCUCAGGAAGAAAGGUCUUUCAACAGCCGAUAAGAAAUCAAGCAGGCUUGCAGCUGAAGGGAGAAUCGGUUCAUACAUCCACGAUGCUCGCAUUGGAGUCCUCAUAGAAGUGAACUGCGAGACUGAUUUUGUGGGAAGAAGCGAAAAGUUCAAGGAACUGGUUGAUGAUCUUGCAAUGCAAGCAGUGGCUAAUCCACAGGUGCAGUAUGUGUCCAUAGAGGACAUUCCAGAGGAGAUAAAGCAGAAAGAAAAGGAGAUUGAGAUGCAAAGAGAGGAUCUUGAGUCGAAACCAGAGAACAUAAAGGAGAAGAUUGUUGAAGGAAGGAUCUCAAAGAGGCUUGGAGAAAUGGCAUUGCUUGAGCAGCCUUUCAUUAAAGAUGAUAGCGUUCUGGUCAAGGAUCUUGUGAAGCAAACGGUGGCUACUCUUGGUGAAAACAUUAAGGUCAGGAGGUUUGUGAAGUUUACCCUUGGAGAAGACAACUGAAUGGGGAGUUUCUCUUUUGUCACAUGAGUUUAAAGCAAAGUCUUCCCUCUUUUGUUUUGUAGACAAAAUCAUUCAGUAUUCACCUUUUGAUUAGAAUUUUUAAUCAAAAAGCUGUAAACUUUUUUGGUUCAUGAAAAUAUGAGAUUGUUUUUCAUU